AUCCCUCCAGCGCCGGCCACGCCUCUCCAGUGCUAGGUGGGGCGCAGUGUGCGCCGGGACGGAUGGUGACGUUGCACAAUAACAAAGUAGGCGGUGUGGGGGUAGCGAAGUAUGUUUAUAUUUUAUAAUUGAGGGCGACAUGGAUGCGAGUUUUGUCUCUAAUGUCGAAACGGCAGAUAAUGCCCAGAAUUUCUUGAAGCAUCCGGGAAAAAGAUAUUGUCAACCCGAAAGAUUCCUUUUGAAGAGCCUUAAACAGCAUGAUGGAAAAAAUGGUUGAGUGGCAGAAUAAUCAUUUGAGUAGAACUCCCAGAAUAUGCUUUGAAACAAUUGUAUGUUGAUGAUUCUUAAUAAUAAAGAUGGAUUAUAAUAAAAUUACUAAAAUAAUGAAGCACUCUUCCUGUUCUGAAGAUUGUAUCAUUCUCAGGUCAAAGACGUUAUUCGAAGAGAUCCGAGCAUCUGUUACAAAUAAUUCAAAUGAAGAUAGAUCCUUCUGGAGACCUGUUCUUCCAUGGGGUGGAGUGUAUACCAUUAAAGCUGGAAGAAGGGCAAUGGCCUGCACUCCAUUGUAUGUUAGGAUAAGCCUAAAAAACACUUGCAGCAUUGAUGGGUUUUUGAUGUUGUUGUAUGUAAUUCUCAGUGAAAAUGAGAAUUUUCGUCGAGAAUUAUCAAGCCACUUGGGAAAGGAAUUUGUUGAACGUUUUCUGUACUUGAUGGACUCUUGUAAAUUCACAACUGUCAAGUUACUGUGGAUUUGGGAUAAAAUGGAAAAAUGUCAAUACAGAACAGAAGUCCACAAAGCCUCACUAGAAAUUGAUCUUUUUGGAAAUGAACAUGAAAACUUCACAAGGAACCUGGAGAAUCUUAUGUCCACAAUCCAGGAAACAUUCUGUUCUAAUGGGAGAUGUCCCGCACGUGCACAGGAAGAUCAACGCAAUACAAUUACUAUCUUACCUUCACAUGAUUCUCUCCUGGGUGAUGUUAUUCAAGCAGCAGUAGAUGAAUUGUUCUGUCCCAGGACUGAGCUGUGCAAAGAACAUGGGUGUAACGGUCAGCGCAUGUUCACACAGAGAAUUUUUUGCCAUGAUGCACCUCCAUUUGUUAUUCUAAAUAUGGAGCAAUGGAAAUCUGAGGAAUUGGCCUAUGUCCCAUAUAAUUUAGCUUUAGCAAAACAAAGAUACACACUGGAAGGAGCAACACUUUUCAACAAGGAAGAACACCAUUAUUCUGCUGCUUUUAUGAUUGAUGGUAAUUGGAUGCAUUAUGAUGGCCUUAGAAAUGAGAACUUGGUCUUUUUAAAUAAACCUCCAGAGCUGUUGCUCCUGUCCUCCCUUGUCUAUAUUCGAGAUAGAAGUGAUUAAAAGUGCCUUAUUCCGAUAAGGCAACAUAUGUACAUGACUACAUAAGUCAUUCUAUCAUUUUAUGACUGUGGGGAGAAAAUUAAACCAACUUGGCAUCCAAGAAAAAUGGACUAAACAAGUUCUGAUUUAUUAACCAAAACAUUUAUAAUUGAAUGUGCAAAGAACGAACUUAGUUAACUUAAAACUAUGCAAAUAUGUACAAAAGACACACUUUAAGAUGUAUCUUUA